UACCCGGUGCAACCGGUGGUUGUAUCCUUUAAAUAUAUUUCUGGCUUAAUUACACUUUAUAAUUUCUUGAAUAAACUAAUUGCUUAACUUUAAACUUGAAAGCGUGAAGUUUAUUCUACUUGAAAACAGACCCAGCAAAAGCAUUUAAUGGAUUACUUAUAUUGGUGUUAUUUAUUAUUUGAAAGAAAAUAUAUUUUACUGGAAUGAUUUAAGUUAUACUUUGUUCGGUAUCUUAUAACUUUCCUGAGAAAAAAAAUAAAAAGGAGUACCUUUAUGACAAAGCAAGAAGAAUUUGUGAAAAAUAUAUACCAAAAAGAGAAAGAGAAAAAGUAAUUUCUGCCGUAAUGUCAAAAAAUGGCAAUUCCAGUUUCAUGUGUCCUUGGACAUCAAACAGUGACAAGAAAAAGAAAUUUCUUAUUGGAAAUCUUGAAAACAAAGGAAACAUCGAAAAGAAAUUGUACUCUCUUAGUUAUUCUGUGUUAGACAACAGCACAGAAAAUGAACUGUUUGUACAGAAAAUUCACAAUGCAAAUGUCUACAUGUUAGAACAGACAUACAUACAAUGGAAAGUUCUUUGGGAGACACAUGAUGUCCGCAAUCAGUGCCAGUGUAUUUUCCCCAUGAAGUCUAUUAUUUAUCUACAGCCACUCGGACACUUCCCUGAUUUUGUCUUAAGAUAUACGUUUCACCUUGGGAAUACUGAAAUGGAUUUGUUCACCCUUCUUCGAGAAUUCGCUCAGAUAUAUUUUCUUGGUUUUGAUGUCAAAAUCUGUCUCCCACUCUUCAAAGAUUCUGAACAUUCUGGAAUCAAAAGUCGAGUACACUCUGUCACUGGACAAAAGCAGUUCCUUUCUUCCAGUUUUUUUCCAUUUCUAAGAAAAAAACUCCCAAAAGAUGGUUACUGCAUUCUGGGAAUAACUUGGACUGAUCUGUAUCCUGCAGAAGAUUUGAACUUUAGUCUUGGAGAAUCUUCCUUUCAACACAAAUCAGGCAUAUUUUGCUUUGGCAGAUUUGAGCCUUUGUUGUUUCAAGCUGGACAACCAAUGUAUGAUAUAACGGAAGUUGAUGAAGGUUUGAUUUGGAAAAUGCUCAAGGUAACAGUUCAUGAAACAUGUCAUCUUUUUGGUCUAAUGCAUUGUGAGAUAUAUUCUUGUCUGAUGAAUAAUAGCACAUCUCUGGAGGAAGCAAUGAUGCAGCCUAUAUUCUUGUGUCCCGUCUGUCUCCAUAAAUUACAGAAAGCAUGCAAGUUUAGUUUGCAUAUGCGUUACAAUAGAUUGCAUCAGUUUUUCUCCGUCCUACAGGAUAGCCUACCAUAUUACAAAUUCAGAGAUUCUAGAGACUGGUUAAUGCAAUGUCUUGAAUUCAUCACUGAGGAUGAGAGAACAUUGUUAUAAGCCUUUUACUCUUUCACUUACUGCAGUCAUUUGGGCUAUGGCUACAGCCAUGCUGGAGCACUACCUUGAAAGAGAGUUUUGUCAAUGCAAUCAACCCAGUACUUAUUUUUAACAGAAAUGUAAAGAAACCAACACUGAUUUAUUGUCAAAUGGUGAGAGACAAAUUCAAAGAUAAAUAGACUCAUUUGCAUACACAUACACACAUUUUUCUGUCUAUCUAUCUAUCUACUUUUAUUAUUUGUGAGUUAACAAGGCUAUAACUGUGUUUCAUGCCCAAGAGAAAUCUCUGAACAAUUAUCAAGCCUGCUGUAUGAAACGUUGGUGCUUGUUUCCAUCUUGGAUGAGAAUACACAAUGCUAUAUGCAACUGUACGGGAUUUGGGGAUAAAUAAAUGAAUAUACAGAUCAUGGGAGGUAACUUAUAAGAAAAACCUAAUUGUUGUCUCCCUCGUAUUCAACCUGGAAUCUUUGUUGUGAUACAUUCACCAUGAAUUAGAAGUUGUGUUCGCCAUAAAUUGGUUAACCCCUUAAUCAUUGCAUGUGCACAUACCUGUGUACUUAUGUUUGUAUUUAUAAAUUUGAACAUGCAUGAAUUUUCUUGCGUGAAAUAAUUAAGGAAUUGAUUGAUGGUGAGCAACAUUCUAAGUGACAAAAUUCCAUGUAGUGGGUUUGAUAAUUGUUGAGAGAUUUCUCUCAGCAUGAAACCAAUGGUAGACUUUUAACCCACAAACAAAGAAAAUUUAUCCACCAAAGCAGCGUCAAGCACUAAUUCUCACUGUUCAAUAUUAGCACAUAUAUAUAUGUAUGUAUGUGUGUAUGUAUAUGUAAAUAUAUAUAUAUAUAUAUAUAUAAGAUUUUCUGGGCAGGGAACACUGACGGGGUCGGGGGCGUAGGAAUACUUCUAGCGGAGAAAUGGGUGGAUAAGGUAAUCGAGGUCGUUAGAGUAAGUGACAGAGUACUUAAGAUCAGACUAGUGCUUCAUCAUAGAUUAGCUACUGUCAUCUCAGCCUAUGCACCUCAACCUGGGCUACCAGAUGGUCUGAAAGACCAAUUCUAUGACACCCUCUUGCAAACUACCUCGUUGACGAGUGACAGGGACCUUCUCUUUGUGGCUGGAGACUUCAACGGUCAUGUCGGACGUCGUGCUG